AUGGCUUCCACCCGAUUGUUUUCUAUUACGCUUCUCAUAGCCUUCUCUUUCUUCUUCCUUCUCUCUCCUUCAUCCAACGCCCAUUCACUCAAAGCUUGUCACCUCGACCAGAUUUACCAACUUGGAGAUUCUAUAUCUGAUACUGGAAACUUAAUACGCGAACCUUUUGGAUCUACCACUCCCUUUGCAAAACUUCCAUACGGCAUGACCUUCUUCAAAAAAGCAACCGGCCGCUGCUCCAAUGGUCUUCUCAUGAUUGAUUAUAUUGCAAAUGCAGCUGGACUUCCACUCCUCAAUCCCUACAAAAAUAUGGAUGCCAAUUUUAGACACGGAGUGAACUUUGCUGUAGCUGGUUCUACUGCAUUAUCAACAGAACAUCUUGCAAGCAAAAAUAUUGUGUCUCCAGUAACUACAAGCUCUCUUGGCAUUCAACUGGAUUGGAUGACUUCCCAUUUUAGUUCAAUUUGCUACUCAGAGACAGAUUGUGUAGAAAAACUUAAAAAUUCUCUAUUCAUGGUUGGGGAAAUAGGAGGAAAUGAUUACAAUUACGCACUACUCCAAGGUAAAAGUAUUGAACAAGUGAUGAGUAUGGUACCCGAGAUUGUCCGAAUAACCGAUGCAAUAAAGAGAGUUAUUAGUAUGGAGCCGUUAGAAUCAUUCCCGCGGGUAUUUUUCCAUUCAAUAGGUUGUCUUCCAAUUUACUUGACGGCAUUUAACACCAAUGCUACUCAAGCCUAUGAUGAACACCGUUGUCUUAGGCGACUAAACGAUUUUGCAAAGUUAUCCAAUAAUCAUCUACAAGAGUCAUUGAAGUUAAGAAAAGAAUUCUCUCAUGUAAAUAUUGUGUAUGGGGACUACUACAAUGCGUACAAGUGGCUUCUCAAGAAUUUUGCUAUUUUCGGUGAGUUGAUCACUUCAAGUAGCCACAUAAAAAUUUAA